AUGACUGAAGGAAACGUCGAUUGGGACAGCAAAAUGGUCAUCGGCUACAAAGCCAAGGCCCCGAAAGUCGCUCGAAACGACUCCGAUCUGAAUGGUGAGCAUUCCCUCGGCGCUGUCGUGGCAACAGACAAGAAGAUGGCAGGCGGGUCUAACAAAGCACACCAAGGAACCGACCAUCAACGCAUAGCCAAACUCGACCGUGAAAACGAGGUCGCGCCACCACCAAAGAUUCUCCCGUCUGUCGGGAAGGCGAUCCAAAUUGCUCGUAUGGAGAAGCAGCUCGCGCAGAAGGACCUUGCGCAGAAGGUCAACGAGAAGCCCUCCGUGAUCGCUGAUUACGAGGCUGGGAGGGCCAUCCCGAACCCCCAGAUCCUCAGCAAACUCGAGCGCGUCCUCGGUGUCAAGCUGCGUGGCUCAGACAUUGGGAAGAAGCUGGGGGGGCCGAAGGGCGCAUAG